AUGCCAUCUCACACCACCAGACCCGGCGCAUCCUCCGCCCUCCCCCUCCCCUCCCUUUCCACCACCUCAGUCUCAGCAUCAGCACCAACAUCAACAUCAACAGCGACCUCCGCCUCCGCAAUCUCCGCUUCGAGCAUGUCCGCCGCCAAAUCCCGCCAGUACGCGCACUGCACGCCAGCUGCGCAGCUCAAUGCGCACUUGGCGGAUAUGGAGAAUCUGAUGAGGAUGACGAGUGCGCAGGCGGGGGAUAUGAGGUUUUUGGGCGGGUAUGUUGGGGGAUUGUUUAUGGGGGCGGCCCAAGGUGCUCGGGGAGGAAGGGGUGGAGAAGAGUGGUGCUGGGAAGCUCGUGUCUCGUAA